CUCAAGAGUUAAUCCAGUAACAGCAGUGAAGGGGCUCACUUCAUCUUGUACUGUCAAGUGACAAUGGCUAGAACAUCAUGGAUCAUCUUGGACAGUUGAAAUGCAACUGAACAUUUUUAUACAAGCCAUUUACCUGCAUAAAUCUGCAGCUGUCUUACAGAAUAAUGGGACAAUUGCAGAGCACAGAGAACAGUGAAGUAGCUCUUUCUCAGAUCCAGGAGAUGUACAAGAAGUUUGCAAAUGAGUGCCCAAGUGGAAACUUGCACCUGCAUGAAUUCAAACGGAUCUUUGGGGUUACGUGCGACUCAUCAGUUGAAGAAUCUGCCUACAUGGACAAUUUGUUUAGAUCGUUUGAUGCUAAUCAUGAUAACACGAUAGACUUCAUGGAGUAUGUGGCUGCACUGCAUCUGGUCCUUCGUGGCAAGCUUGAGGAUAAACUGAAGUGGUCUUUCAAAGUUUAUGACAGGGAUGGAAAUGGACGACUGGACAAACAGGAGGUGGCACAUGUAAUUAAGAUCAUCCACAAAUUGAGAAACUAUGAGAACCCUUCAGACUCUGAAGAGCUCAAUCCAGAUCAGAUAAGUGACAGGAUCUUUGAGCUUGUUGAUCUAAAUCAUGAUGGUCAGAUUUCAUUGGAGGAGUUUAUGGAGGGAGCACAGAGAGACACGUGGGUGAUGGAGCAGCUUAGGCUCGACCUGCGGCCCACACGCUGGUUCAUCAAACACCAGAAUAAAAAUUCAUGAAGACUACCAAAUAAACAGAAACUCUGACUUAAGGAAAAGUAUAAGCUUUCCUAAAGUAAUCUUCUUUAACAAUGUAUGUAACCAUGAAGAUUUCUUAAUAACUCCUAACUCCUUUUGUGAAAAAUAAUGUGCCCAUUUUUUUCAAUGUUUAUUUAUUUAAGUAAUUUUUCAGAUUGUUAUGACAUGUUUCUGGUUUCUGGACAUAUUUUGCUUUCAAGAAAUUUAAUUUAUAUAUGUGUGUCAAAGAAAAAUGUGUCUGUAUAACAGCAUUUAACGUUAAAGUAAAACAACUUAUUUAUAUUUACUCAAAUAUAUAAAAUGAGUGAAUUGAUGAAUUGAAAGUAAACUUGAAUAAUGCAUACAAAUACAAACACAUUCUUACAAUUAAACACUAAGAACAACGUAACAAUGUUUGACUAUAAUAGCAAAAUAAGAAUUUUGAAUUAAAUAUUUUUCAGUGGCUUGUAAUUCAUUUUUUGUACAUGUAACUCAAACAAUACAGUUAACACUAUGCCUUAUUUGAUUUAUGUGUAUGGUUGUUGACAGUUUUCAGUUUUAUUGAAUGACAUUUCAGUUAUUUAAAUUUCUGUAUUUUUGACCUUAGCCUCGAAAGUGUUACAUUCUUUCUUUCUUUCUUUCUUUCUAGCUGAAAGUGGCGAUAUGUGGGAUCCAAUCUCACAUUUUGUAAUUAUUGCUCCCAGAUGAGACACAAACAUACUGUUGAAGUUUUGUAACAUUUGCUCAAUGCUAACCCUGUCAGAUAUCUGCUGAAAUCUGAUUGGCUGAUGAUGGAUUUUUUUCAGUAACCUGGUCAUCAUUAGAUAUAGAAUUACACCUUAGCAUACCGAUACAGUCUACCAAAUUCCAAUCUGAUCCUAUCCUGUGAAACUGUUGUCCGAAUUUAACUCCGCCUCCUAUAGUUGACCACGCCACAAACUUCGGAUAUGUCCUCAGACCCUUGUUCUUAACAUGCUGCUCAAAUUUUGUGUGAAUCCAUGAAGCCAGUUUUGAGAUACAGCUGUUUGCGCAAAGGAAACACCGCCUCACUCAGGUUGAUUGCAUGUGACGGCCAUAUUGUCAAUAGGCUAAUUGAAUUUACUGAAGAACAUGUAUAUGAAUAAACUGAAAAGAAAUAUCCUUGUAUCUUUGUGUAUGGCUCCCAAUAGGCCUAAUGCCUGUCCAUGUCCAUAUACUACUCCUGCAUGAUUUCUAACACUUGAGCCACUCACAUUAGUGGGGUUUUGGGUGAAGGAGCUUAAAGGCUAAGAGAAUUAACACUGUGAGACAGUGGUCAAGAGCAAGUAAUCUUCUCAUGUAAACCAGAAGCUACAGAAGCUGAAGUAUGUGCUUUACAAUGUGCUAUAGAAUGUGCUGUAGAAGUGUGUGUUUUGGCCCCCAGCCUCUGAUUAAAACCUCUCUGUAUCAUGGAUUGUCCAAUAGUCCAGAUUUAGCUUUAUGCAAUAAAGGCAAAUAUAUAAACUAGAUUCUAAGAAAUCCUAAUAAAUGAAAUAAUUCUAACAAAACCAAACCAGUAUGUAUGAAAAUGUCAUGGAUUUAAGAAAAAUGUCAUAAUCAAGUCUCAGAAUUUCAAUACAUUGCAAUUUAUCAAUAAAGCUUUUGUCAGUGUGCAUACAGUACUUUGCAUAAGUAAUCACACUUCCACAUUUUGUUGUGUUUCAACCUCAAAUUGAAAUUAUUCAAUUAUUUACAAAUAAAAACAGCAUAACAUUUUAAACGAUGAUUGCAUACGUGUUCAGCCUUGUUACUGUGAGACCUCAGAAUUA